AGCUGUUUUGGGUUUGAAAUUCCAACAUGGCAGAGGCUGUGGUCAGUCUUCCCUUUACUAACUUGGAAUGGUUUCAAAUCGAAAGCAUCCUCGAUUAACCCGAAAACCCAUUCAUCAGCAAACACAUCGGAUCGAUGUUACUCUAACCUCUAACGCUGCCCUGCCACAUAUACAGGCAUAACAAUGCAGUGGACCCCAGAGCACGCCCAGUGGGCAGAACAGCACUUUGACAUCACCUCCACCACCCGCUCCCCAGCACACAAAGCUGAGGCAUACCGGGGGCACCUGCAGCGAACCUACCAGUACGCCUGGGCCAACGACGACAUCUCUGCACUGACCGCCUCCAACCUCCUGAAGAAGUACGCCGAGAAGUACUCCGGCAUCUUGGAGGGCCCGAGCGAGCGGGCUCUGCUGAGCUCCUACUCCGAUGGGCCUCCGGGACUCCUGAACGGAAGGAAGUCGGAGAGCGAGCCUUGGCAGGAGGCGGUGUACCCCAUGAACUGCGUCCCCGACGUCAUUUCGGCGAGCAAGGCCGGGGUGGUUUCGGGGCUCCCCCCGGCCGACGUCUCGGCCAGCAUGGGCAGCUCCCCCGGGGUGGAGCCCAGCUACUCCAACAGCAACUGUGGUAGCCUUCACUCGGGGCUUCCGGCUCAGGAAUACGUCACGGGCUACAACGGCUCGUACCUGCAGUCGAGCUACAGCGGGCAGCCCACCUCGGCCCUCCCCUCACCUCACCCCUCGCCCCUGCACAGCGCUGGGCUCCUUCAGCCCCCCCCGCCCCCGCCCCCUCCGCCAACUCUGGUGCCCGGCUACAAUACCGGCUCUCCCAACCUCUCCGGCUACAAUUACCCCCCCGCGGGGUACCCCCCCCAGACUGCCGUGGCACCCGGGUACAGCCCCGGAGGAGCCCCCCCUCCGUCUGCCUACCUGCCGUCGGGAAUCGCCGCCCCCACGCCCCUACCUCCCUCCACCCUCCCCGGCUACACCUACCAGUCCCACAACAUUGCGCCAAUUGCACCGACACCUUUGAACAGCAGUUCAGCCAAUUCUCUGAAAAGGAAAGCUUUCUAUAUGACAGGGCAAGGAGAAAUGGACUCCAGUUAUGGAAAUUUCAGCUACAGCCAACAGCGUUCGACUCAGAGCCCCAUGUACAGGCCGGGAGACAGCGGCAUUUCAAGCGCGAGCAGGGGGAAUGGAUUUGACAGAAGUGCUGAGGCGUCGUCUUUGGCGUUUAAGCCGACGAAGCAGCUGAUGGCCCCGGAUCAGCAGAGGAAAUUCAGCGGUCAGUCCGGCAGGGCGCACACCCCUCCGUCCUUCGCCCCGCCGAAGGGCUCCCUGGGAGGCUCCAGGUCCGGCGAGGCGUUCGGGAAGUUUGCGUCGCCCGUCAUGAGCGAGCACGGGGACGGGGAGCACCGGCCGCACCUCCCCCACACCAUGCCAGGACCGGCGGUUGGCGCAGCUACCUCAUCCGCCCACCUCGCUGAGGACCAGCUGAAGAGCAGCGACCCGCACCUGGUGGAGAUGGUCACCACGGAUAUCGUCCAGCAGGGCCCCCCAGUGGACUGGAGUGACAUUGCCGGCUUGGAGCUGGCUAAAGCCACCAUUAAAGAGGAGGUGCUCUGGCCCAUGAUGAGGCCGGAUGUUUUCAGCGGCCUCCAGGCGCUACCCCGGAGCAUCCUCCUGUUCGGACCUCAGGGAACGGGUAGGAUGUUGCUGGGUCGCUGCCUGGCCAGCCAGCUGGGCGGCACCUUCCUCCGGCUCAGCGGCUCCACCCUGGUGACCAAGUGGCUGGUUGAGGGGGACAAGAUAGUCCAGGCCACCUUCCUGGUGGCCCGGUGCCGGCAGCCGGCAGUCGUGUUCAUCAGCGAGGUGGACAUGCUGCUGUCAACCCAGCUGAGCGAGGACAGCCCCGUGAACCGGAUCAAGGGCGAGCUCCUGAUGCAGCUCGACGGCUUGCUCAACUCGCCCGAGGACCAGGUCCUGGUGGUGUGCUCCACCAGCAAGCCCGAGGACUUUGACGAGUCGCUGAGGAGGUACUUCAUGAAGAGACUCUUCAUACCGUUACCCGACAGCACAGCAAGGCACCAGAUAAUCACUCAGAUGCUCUCACAGCACAACUAUUGCCUCAGUGACAAAGAGGUUGCACUGCUGGUCCAGCGGACGGAGGGUUUCUCUGGCCUGGACGUGGCCCGGUUGUGCCAGGAGGCGGCGGUGAGCCUGCUUCACGCCAUGCCGGGCGCCGACCUCACCGCCAUCCUGCCCGGCCAGCUGAGGCCGGUCACAUACCAAGACUUUGAGAAUGUUUUUUGCAAAGUCCAGCCCAGUAUAUCACAAAAGGAAAUGGACAUGUAUAUGGAAUGGAACAAAAUGUUUGGGUGCAGCCAGUGA